AGUUUCAAAAAAUCGCUGGUGGCAAAAAAUUAGCCAGUAUUUUCCAAAAAAAUGAAGGCAUGAAACUCACUUUUGAAAGUUCCGAUGAUGCAGUGCUUCGUCAGCUUCGUGCUAAAGCUAAUGAAACGGUUGAUUUGACUUAUAAACGCCUCAAAGAUCGUAUUGAUGAACUCGGUGUUACGCAGCCAAAUGUCUCGCUUGAUGCAGCUCGUGAUUUGAUUGUUGUAGAACUUCCGGGUGUAGAUAACCCUCAACGGGCGCGCAAUAUGCUUCAAGCCACCGCAAAAUUGGAAUUUUGGGACGUUUACCGCGUCAGCGACCCAGGCAUUAUGCCUGCAUUUAUGAGUGCUGAUGAAAAAGUGAAGCGUUUAAUUUCGGGCGAUACGACUAAAAUUGUCAAAGUUGAUUCUGUUUGGCAAUAUAAACGCGACACAACUGGCCGAAUUAUCGAUUCUACUCGUGUUGCUAAGGCGAAUAAAGUAGGCAACCAAUAUGAGCUUUAUGCUAUCAAAAAAAGUAAAGGGCGCGAAGAAGCUCCACUUGAAGGCGACCGCGUGACUGAUGCUUCUGCCAACCCUGACCCACAAAGUGGUGCAGUAGCAAUUUCGUUGAAGAUGGAUAAUAAGGGCGCGAAAACUUGGGGCGAAAUGACAACUAAAGCCGCACAAGAUAAUAACCGUGAAAUUGCGAUUGUAUUAGAUGAUAAGGUGGUGUCUGCUCCGCGAGUUAUUAAUCCAAUUACGAGUGGCGAUUCUCAAAUUACAGGCGAUUAUACGUUGCAAGACGGCGAAGAUUUGGCAAAAAUACUACAAAUUGGAAAACUUCCUGCCAAAACAAGGAUUGUACAAGAAUCUGUGGUUGGUCCUUCUCUGGGGCAAGAAAAUAUUAAUAAAUCAUUGCUUUCAUUAUUGCUCGGUUUGGUGGCAAUUAUUGGCGUAAUGAUUAUGUAUUAUAGCACAGGUGGGGUGGUUUCUGUUAUCGCGCUUUUAAUUAAUAUUUUCUUGAUUAUUGGUGUACUAACGUCUUUAGGAACUGUCUUAACCUUACCCGGCAUUGCAGGUAUCGUAUUGACGAUGGCUGCCGCUGUUGAUGCCAAUGUUAUUAUUUAUGAACGGGUGCGUGAGGAAUUAGAUGAAGGCAAAACUGUGGCGCAAGCGAUUAAUGAUGGGUUUAAAAACUCUUAUCCUGCCAUUAUUGAUGCCAAUAUAUCGAACUUGCUCAUUGCAUUGGUGAUGUAUUAUUUUGGCUUGGGUCCGAUAAAAGGGUUUGCUAUCGUGUUGAUUAUCGGUAUUUUAUGUACCCUAUUUACGGCUGUUUUGGUGGCACAUUUAAUUUUGGAUUGGAUGGUUAAUAGAGGCAUGACUCCAAAAUUUUCUACGCCAAUGUCAGCUCAUGCCUUCAAAGGAAUAAACAUCGACUGGGUCGGAAUGCGUAAAAAAGCAUAUAUGUUUUCGGCUGCAAUCAUCUUGGCA